AUGAGCGACUACGAAGUCACCUUAGAAUUCUAUGUUAGGUUCAAGGGCCCUGAGGAGACGCCCUUCGCCGGGGGUCUCUGGAAGAUCCACGUUGAGCUCCCCGACCAGUACCCAUACAAGAGCCCCAGCAUUGGCUUCGUCAACCGGAUAUUCCACCCCAACAUCGAUGAGCUCUCAGGCUCGGUCUGCUUAGACGUCAUCAACCAAACAUGGUCACCCAUGUACGAUAUGAUCAACAUCUUCGAAGUCUUUCUGCCUCAGCUGCUUCGAUAUCCAAAUCCUACCGAUCCUCUCAAUGGAGAAGCGGCUGCGCUCUUGAUGAGGGAGCCGAAGAGCUAUGAGGCUAAAGUCAAAGAGUACGUGCAAAAAUACGCCUCCAAAGACACCUCCGAAGACUCGGAAAAGGACAACGAUGAUGACGACGAGAUGAGCUCCGUCGGCAGCUACGAGUCCGGCGACGAGGACGAAGCGGCUGGCAACAUGGAGGACAUCUAGGUGCAUUGUCUCUCCAAGUAGAAGCGCUUCUAAGUUUCCUUCUUGUUGCCUUGAGGUUUUUGGAAACGGACUCAAGGUUUGAUGUUCAAGGCGCACUCUGGCGCUCACUGUUUUAGCAUCGGCAUAUCCCUCGGCAAUCGGUCUUCAGCGGUCAUAGGUUUAGAUUCUUGUUCAUGAUUUCUGUGUUCGAGUGUGCCGGUGCAGCCUGCAUGGCGCAUGCGACGAGUAGUAUAGUGGGUGAGAGUGAAGUCUAGCGAGGGAAAGUGGCCUUACGGGUGAAGUGGUAGACUAUUGAGGUCGGGAAGCUGCCUGAUCCCCGGUGUUUAUGUAGAAGUUAAGGACUACUCCUUUCCACUUAGGUACCCAAUAUGGCGGGGUUAAUUCGUCCCUACUCUAUGUG